AUGGCCACCGAACUACUCCUCUCUCUCCUCAAAAGAAAUGGCGUCGAUGCUGCCGAUACCUGUGACACUGGUAACGAGUAUGAUGGUCGAAUGGGCCUCCGCAUUUCAUCUAUCUUUGUCAUCAUGGUCGGUUCGAUGAUAGCCGCCGUCUUUCCUGUUCUAGCAAAACGCUUUGGCGGUGCCGGAAUCCCACCCCAGGCAUAUUUUAUAGCCAAAUACUUUGGCUCUGGUGUCAUCAUUGCGACGGCCUUUAUCCAUCUACUCGCUCCUGCUGAGGAGGCUCUGACGAAUGAGUGUUUGACUGGACCGAUCUCGGAGUAUUGCUGGGUUGAAGGGAUCAUCCUCAUUACCAUUGUUUUUAUGUCCUUUGUGGAAUUGAUGGUCAUGCGUUAUUCGCAUUCCUCUUCGAGUCAUGAGCGUGGCAUCGAGGAUAUGGGCGAGGGUAUGAGUGACAUGCCAGUAAAGGAUGGUUUGGACCAUUCCCGCAAGCAUUGCGAUACCGCGAUGGAAAAAAGCGACUUCACAUCUUCGGAAGAAUAUGCAGCUCAAUUGACCGGCAUCUUCAUUCUGGAAUUCGGCAUUGUUUUUCAUUCGAUUUUCAUUGGGUUGACACUUGCAGUGUCUGGUCCCGAAUUUAUCACACUCUAUAUUGUGUUGGUAUUCCACCAGACGUUCGAGGGAUUAGGACUCGGUGCUCGUCUCGCCACCAUUCCGUGGCCAGAGUCCAAGAGCUCCACGCCUUACAUCUUGGGGAUUGUUUACAGUCUGACCACCCCUGUUGCCAUUGCAGUUGGCUUGGGUGUCCGCAAUGUCUAUCCACCCACUGGUCGGGCGACGCUAAUCGUCAACGGUGUUUUUGACUCUAUAUCCGCUGGUAUACUUAUCUACACUGGCCUCGUUGAAUUGAUUGCACAUGAGUUCAUGUUCAGUUCAUCUUUCCGUCGGGCCCCUAUCCGGGUUGUCUUGUCGGCAUUUGCCCUACUCUGCCUCGGUGCAGGGCUAAUGGCAGUACUCGGAAGAUGGGCUUAG